AUGGCUGGGGUGAACAGGCCAAGACUUCGCGGAAUGCUGCUUUUUGUAAGUUAUUUCCUGUGCUCGGUGCUCCUGUCGAUGGUGGAAGAUUCUUUUGCACCCCACUUCUGGAAGUUGUUCCAACAUGGUGCAGCUGCACUUGGCAGCUUUUUACUGUCGUUCUGUCUCUCCUGGACUGACAGGCUUUGCCCGUCGAGUCGGAUCGAGAUGUUUUGCACGCUUACUUGCCUAACUUUCGCAUGGCUCGUUGGGCUCAUCGUUGGCUUUAUGAUGUUGGGCCACACUUUGCUACUGAUUCUCGCAGUUGGCCCCGCGAUCGGAAUGCUGGCGCGUCACGGCUUUGCCGAUGGCAUGGGCGAGGCGACAAUUGAAGUGCGGGCGACCCGUGCCCGGAGGAGAACCAUCGUCUUCGAGGGUGACGUGAGCCACGAGCCCGGCGCAGCCUGCGUGGUCUCCUGGCCUGGGAAAUACGCCACAGCCUGGGAUCACCUGGUGGCCAGCGCCCGAGGGCGGACGAGCGCGGCGGUGGUCUUCCUGCCAGAAAACACCAAGAACUUCGGGAAGCACAGCCCCAUUCCCAGGCGCGAAGGGAUCGAUGGCCAGUGCUGGUGCAUGCCUCUCUAUGGAGAGGAGAAACCUUGGGGUUGUCGAUGGUGGGCCUUGUGGAUAGAGAACGUGGAAAAAGCCGUGCAGCAUCGUGCGGAGCUUCAGGUCUACUUCUUUGAAGGAGCCCGUGACAAGGGGAAAGUGGCAAGCUUUGAGACGGCGGGCCAAGAAAACCUGCGGAGAGAGGCACUGCUUAAGAAGAUGCGUGACUUCAAGAGCUGCGACCACUUCCGACGUGCCAAAGAAGCAGGUCUCAAGAACUUGGGGCGCAAGACGCGCUACGAUUCGUCUUCUCAAUACAGCAGGGAGAAGUACCGCUUGUUCCUGCAGUGGCUUCCCGCCGUCGACCGGAAAUUUCUCGAGGACUCGGACGGCUUGGGAAAUUCGCAGAAGGCAGAGGUAGCAUGGCUUGAGAAGAAGGGCUACGAGUACACUGCUGUGGACAUCUCGCGAUUUGUGCGGCCAGUGCCUGGCAAGGUCGAGUCGGUGUCAAACCUUCCACGCAAGCUCGGCCGCCAGAUGGAUAGCGAAUGA